UUAAAAGUAUUAGGAUUCAUUGUUAAAAAGGUUGUUUCCGUUAUCCGUCGCGUCGUGUGUCCCCUGUGCGGAUUGCGGAUUGUAGCUUGUGAGUGGCGUUACAGUGCUUUCAUUCAUAGUUCCUCAUGGCUCAUAGAAAAUAAAAGCGCUCAAUUUAUAUGGAUUCCUGUGUUAUUGUGUGUUGUUCGAAGAUUUGUAUAAGGUUUGAACGAUGAUAACCAAAAUGCAGUCACAAGCGAAUGUGGUGGCCGUGCCACAAUCUGUCACAACUCAGCCACAGUCGCAGCAAAUCGUUGGUGUCGGAGUUCCAGCAAAUGCGGUGAUACUGAAAAUGUCCGACAUACAGCAGAUUUCAUCAGUUGGACUUCUGGAACUAGCCCAUCGCGAGUAUCAGGCUGGUGAUUAUGAGAGUGCGGAGUUACACUGCAUGCAGUUAUGGAGACAAGAUGGCACCAACACUGGUGUACUUCUACUUUUAUCUUCCAUUCACUUCCAAUGUCGGAGAUUGGAUAAGUCUGCCCACUUCUCCACACUAGCUAUCAAACAAAAUCCACUGCUCGCUGAAGCUUACAGCAAUUUAGGUAACGUAUACAAAGAACGUGGACAACUUCAAGAGGCGUUGGAGAACUACAGGCACGCUGUCAGACUAAAGCCGGACUUCAUCGAUGGCUACAUCAACCUCGCGGCGGCAUUGGUGGCCGCUGGUGACAUGGAACAGGCGGUCCAAGCUUACGUCACCGCCCUACAAUAUAAUCCGGACCUUUACUGCGUCAGGAGUGACUUAGGCAAUUUGCUCAAAGCUCUCGGCCGUCUGGAUGAGGCAAAGGCUUGUUACUUGAAGGCAAUUGAAACGAGGCCAGACUUUGCUGUGGCAUGGAGUAAUUUGGGAUGCGUGUUUAACGCUCAGAGUGAAAUCUGGUUAGCCAUCCAUCACUUUGAAAAGGCCGUUGCACUAGACCCCAAUUUCUUGGACGCCUACAUUAAUUUGGGAAAUGUUCUCAAGGAAGCAAGAAUUUUUGACCGGGCUGUGGCGGCGUAUCUCCGCGCGUUGAAUUUGUCGCCAAAUAAUGCCGUAGUCCACGGGAAUUUGGCGUGCGUGUACUAUGAACAAGGAUUGAUUGACUUGGCAGUCGACACUUACAGGCGUGCUAUUGAAUUGCAACCGAACUUCCCAGACGCAUAUUGUAAUCUGGCGAAUGCCCUAAAAGAGAAAGGACAAGUUGUCGACGCCGAAGAAUGUUACAACACAGCAUUACGGCUCUGCCCUUCACACGCCGACUCCCUGAACAACUUGGCAAACAUAAAGCGCGAACAAGGGUACAUCGAGGAAGCAACUCGUUUGUAUCUGAAAGCUUUGGAAGUUUUCCCCGAAUUCGCAGCGGCUCAUAGUAACUUGGCGUCUGUACUGCAACAACAAGGCAAGCUUACUGAAGCCCUCAUGCAUUAUAAAGAGGCCAUACGAAUUCAGCCAACCUUCGCUGAUGCGUACAGUAACAUGGGUAACACGCUUAAAGAGAUGCAGGACGUAGCCGGUGCCCUGCAAUGCUACACUCGUGCUAUUCAAAUUAAUCCUGCAUUUGCUGACGCUCACAGCAACCUUGCUAGCAUUCAUAAAGAUUCUGGAAAUAUUCCCGAAGCUAUUCAGUCAUAUAGAACAGCGUUGAAAUUGAAACCAGAUUUCCCCGAUGCGUAUUGCAAUUUGGCACAUUGUCUACAAAUUGUAUGCGAUUGGACUGAUUAUGAGGCGCGCAUGAAGAAAUUAGUAAGCAUUGUGGCUGAACAACUCGACAAAAACAGACUCCCAUCAGUUCAUCCUCAUCAUUCCAUGUUAUAUCCACUAACACAUGACUACAGGAAGGCUAUUGCUGCACGACAUGCUAACUUGUGUCUGGAAAAAGUUCAGGUUCUACACAAAUUGCCAUUUAAUUUCCCUAGAGAGUUACAAGGACGUCUGCGUAUCGGUUAUGUAAGCAGCGACUUCGGUAACCACCCCACUUCGCAUUUAAUGCAGUCAGUGCCCGGUCUGCAUGAUCGUACUAAAGUGGAAAUAUUCUGCUAUGCCCUCAGUCCCGAUGAUGGUACAACAUUCCGAUCCAAAAUCGCUCGAGAAGCAGAACACUUCACUGAUUUAUCUCAGAUGCAGUGUAACGGAAAAGCUGCUGAUAAAAUAUAUGCUGACGGAAUUCACAUUCUCGUCAAUAUGAACGGUUACACUAAAGGGGCGAGGAAUGAGAUAUUUGCGUUGCGCCCGGCCCCUGUGCAAGUCAUGUGGCUGGGAUAUCCGGGAACCAGCGGCGCUAGCUAUAUGGAUUAUUUAGUGACGGACGCAGUUACAUCACCCGUGGAAUUGGCUAGUCAAUAUAGCGAGAAAUUGGCUUACAUGCCGCAUACAUACUUUGUGGGCGAUCACAAACAAAUGUUUCCGCAUUUGCAAGAGCGACUCAUUCUUAGCGACAAAGUUAAGUCUCACAAUAACUUGGGUAGUGUUGCGGAUAAUGUGGCAGUUAUAAAUGCAACUGACCUAUCACCUCUUGUUGAAAAUACUGACAUUAAGGAGAUUAAAGAAAUCGUAAGAGCUGCAAGACCCGUCGAAAUAUCCCUUAAAGUGGCGGAACUACCGACUACGACACCAAUUGAGACAAUGAUAGCAUCAGGACAAGUACAGACAUCAGUUAACGGAGUAAUUCUACAAAACGGCUUGGCAACAACACAGACGAACAACAAAGCGGCUACAGGCGAGGAAGUGCCUCAGUCUAUAGUCAUCACGACCCGGCAACAAUACGGACUUCCCGAUGACGCAGUAGUAUACUGCAACUUCAACCAGCUGUACAAGAUUGACCCGCUCACGUUACACAUGUGGGUGUACAUACUGAAGCACGUGCCGAACAGUGUGUUGUGGUUGUUGCGGUUCCCGGCUGUUGGAGAGCCGAAUCUGCAAGCGACGGCUCAACAAUUAGGUCUUCCUCCCGGUCGUAUAAUCUUCUCGAACGUGGCUGCCAAAGAGGAACACGUUCGUCGCGGUCAGUUGGCGGAUGUGUGCUUGGACACGCCGCUGUGUAACGGUCACACAACGAGCAUGGACAUCUUAUGGACGGGGACGCCGGUCGUCACGCUUCCUGGAGAAACGUUGGCUUCAAGAGUGGCAGCAUCUCAAUUGAACACACUUGGUUGUCCUGAGUUGAUUGCGAGAACGAGACAAGAAUACCAAGACAUAGCUGUAAGACUAGGAACUGAUAGGGAAUAUUUAAAAGGUAUCCGCGCUAAGGUAUGGACGGCACGCACAGAUAGUCCACUGUUCGACUGCAAGGCGUACGCUACGGGCCUAGAAAUGUUGUAUAACAAAAUGUGGCAGAGGUACGCCCGAGGUGACCGCCCCGACCACAUACAGGCUGUCGACAAAUAGACUUGGUCACACCCCGGCGGAGACAAUGACUUGACUAAGAAACGCCGAUGGUGCUAAGUGACAGUGAACUCGUAAGUGAAAGUCGAUAACGUAGUGUCAUAUAAAGCAGAAUGAGGACUGCGUGUGAUAUUAUUUGUAAGAGCUCGAAGCUCUGUUUAGUUUCGUUUGUCAGCCGGUGUCGAUAAAAGCGAUCAAUGUUUACGUACUCUAUUGAUUGUACUUUAUUGACAUUGAUCUGCAUUGUCGAUCGCUAGAUGACCGAUCAAAUUCUGUAUGUAAUAUAAUUUGGUUGGUAGCAAGUUGUUAUCUAUAAGUGUCCUGUGCGGAUUUGAUACGACGAUGUCUUAAGGUGAUUAUUAAAAGUGGAGUAUUGGUCUCCGUGGCCGGAACGACGUAUAAGUUACUGUAUAAGUUACUGUUACAAUGGGCUCUGAUAUAGGACGACAGGAUAGGAAUGCUCCCCAAUUUCCAUAUUUCUCGAUAUCUUCCUUAUCAGUAGUAGCGCUAAAGUUUUCUAGCUGUAAUGUUACGAAUUGAAUAUUAAGUUCGUGCUGAACUAUGUAAGAGUAACAGAUUUCUAUAUUUUUUAAGCAAUAAUAUUAUGUAUACAAGUAGCUAUAAACGUGGCCUUGAUAGCUGUUACAGUUAACUGCAAUAAUUAGAUUUAUGGUUGAAUAGUUGUUUUGCAGAAAUAUUUUGCAUACAUACAAGUGUUAUUCACGAUUAAUGUUAUUAACAUCUUAGAUAGUUUGCAGUACUUUUAAUCAGAAUUGUAGCCUAACAGUUGCUAGACACCGUUACAACUUGUAAAUUAAUAUUGUCAACAUUGUUCUUGGAGUUUAAAAUCUAUUAUUAUAUGGGAAAAAAAUGUUAUGACAAAACGCUAUCAUACACACUACGCUUGAUAGGGAAGUUUACGUAAUAAAAGCAUUUUAACAAGAUAAAUAAAUUGAUGCUGUGUUUGUAUGUACUGCGUUUGCCAAAGUUAUGAAUAAUUUUAAAAUGUAAUUGAAACUGUACUGUAAAGAAAAGAACAAUUACGUCUCUGCGUAUACAAAACGACAUGUUACAGUUUGUAUCGAGACCGGAGGAUACGUAAGACUGAAUUUCCGGAACAAUAACAGUGCAGUCAGUUGAUAAUUAGUCCAAUUAUAGUUAUUGUCACUGCCAGCUGAUGGCGACUCGUUUAUAGUGUAAAGAGACUCGUGUUAUUCUAAGUAAUCAUUUGUGAUACCAACAUACUAUUAUAAAAUGGCUAUGCUUGAUGAAUAUAGUUUUAGACAUCAUUUACCCAGCGAUUGUAAUAAUUUAGACAGAUUUGCUGUGAAAGCUUUAUGAUUUAGUUCUAUUUUUGUAUUUAUAUUAUUUGUUUUGUUGUUUUAGAGCAUUUGUGAUUAAUUUUGGAAUUGUGACUAUGAAAUUUGUAUCUUAUGAGUUUUAUAAAAUGUAUUUGGUGUUGAAUUAUUGUUUUUACGUUCUUGUGUACUCAAGUUUUGAUGACGUCAUAACUAUUCCAAUAUGAGUUAGUUCCAUUCUACUUAAGGUGUUUUAGCCUUCGAAAUUGUAUUACUUAUUACUAAUGUCUAAGUAAUUGGAAAAGUUAAUGGAGAGAACAUUAUGGUGAGGAUCGUAUUAACUCAGUAUAUUGUAAUAGCUAUUUAUUUAUUUAUUGCUCAUGAAGUUAUUUGCUAAGUAAUGAGCUGUAAUGUUUUCUUCUCGCGUUCAUCUUGACUAUAUUAUGUAAGAAUUCUGUCACUAUGUAAAAUGGUUAUGGCUAUAAAUGUGACUUAUCCAAUUGUUUUGUCAUAGUCUAACUUUUCGUUGUAAAUAGUAUAAAAUUAAGUCUAGACUAUAAUAUAAUAAAAGAAAAUAAA